CGCCGGUUUUGCUUCCUCCAAUCGCUCUGUGAUCGAUCCAAGCAACCUCCGAAGAUCUCCUUGAUCUCGGUAGGGUCUGAUUUUAUUUCUUCUACUCCGAUUUCGAGGUUUGUUUGAGGAGGGAAAGUCCCCAUUUGAUGGGAUUAUGGUUGUUUGAGGGACGAUGAAGAGAUCGAAGAGCGUGGAAGCUCUGGUCGGGAGGAGAUGGAGAUUGUCUCAUAUCCUGUUCGCUGUGGCUGCGCUUUAUCUUGUAAUCAUUGCAGUCAAAUUUAGCCACAUUUUGAAGAUCGUCGGCUUGAUGAGCGACGACCGGAGUUUUGCCGGCAUCGACCGUUCAGCUGGCGGGGAUGAUGUGGCGGGGGCGAGCCGGUCAUUUUUCCGCUCCGCCUACUCAGAUUCGCUCCAUCGCGACCUGGAUGGUGGAGACCCACCGCCGAAGCCCGGGAGCGACCCGAUCGUCCUCCCCACCGGCGGCAAGCACUUGUAUUCUUUAAACCACUACGGCAGGAUCACCAGCGCUCUAAUGGAGAGGCGGCAGCAUUGGGGUGGCAAUCUCACCGAGCUGGAGACGAUGGCUCAUGAAGCUUGGACUUUGGGAGUGAAGGCUUGGAGGGAAGUGGAGAAUUUUGAGGACAAAGGGGAUUUGAACCCGGCUACGUUGCUUGAAAAGAAGCAAGAGCCGUGCCCCAUAUCUGUCUCCAUGGGGAAAGAUGAGACGGGCUCUGGAGAGAGCUUGAUGUUUCUGCCAUGUGGACUCGAGGUGGGUUCUUCCAUCACUGUGAUCGGUACUCCACACUAUGCUCAUCAGGAAUUUGUACCUCAGCUGGCGAAGCUGAGGCAGGGGGAAGGGAUAGUCAUGGUAUCUCAGUUUAUCGUUGAGCUGCAAGGACUUAAGGCAGUUGAUGGUGAGGAACCGCCAAAGAUUUUGCACUUCAAUCCAAGGGUGAAGGGUGAUUGGAGCCAUAGACCUGUCAUUGAGCACAAUACAUGUUACAGAAUGCAAUGGGGGAAAGCAAUGCGGUGUGAUGGGAUUGCUUCUAAGGAUGACGACGAUACAGUUGAUGGAUACAGCAAAUGUGAGAGAUGGUUACGGAGUGAUAUUAUUGAUUCAAAAGAAUCCAAAACAACCUCUUGGUUGAAGCGAUUCAUUGGUCGUGCAAAGAAGCCAGAAAUGACGUGGCCUUUCUCUUUUAUGGAGGGCAGGUUAUUUGUUCUGACAUUUCGUGCUGGCAUAGAAGGAUAUCACACUUUUGUUGGAGGCCGGCAUUUGACUUCAUUCCCAUAUAGGCCGGGGUUUACUCUUGAAGAUGCUACAGGUUUAGCAAUCAAAGGAAAUAUAGAUGUACAUUCAGUAUUUGCCACUUCUCUUCCCCAAUCACAUCCUAGUUUUUCACGUCAGCAAGUCUUGGAACUUUCAGAAGUAUGGAAGUCCGACCCUCUUCCGCAACAACCAAUUGAACUUUUCAUUGGCAUUCUAUCUGCUACCAAUCAUUUUGCAGAACGGAUGGCUGUUAGAAAAACCUGGAUGCAGUAUUCUGCCAUAAAGUUAUCAAAUGUUGUUGUGCGGUUCUUCGUUGCCCUGAGUCCAAGGAUGGAGGUUAAUGUAGUUCUAAAGAGGGAAGCAGAUUAUUUUGGAGACAUUGUCAUCCUACCCUUUAUGGAUCGCUAUGAACUAGUGGUUCUAAAAACUGUUGCCAUUUGUGAAUUUGGGGUACAAAACCUGACUGCUGCAUACAUCAUGAAAUGUGAUGAUGACACAUUUGUUAGGCUAGAUGUUGUACUCAGGGAGAUGAAUAAUGCUGCCGGCAAGAAACCCCUUUAUAUGGGUAAUCUCAACCUCUUGCACAGGCCGCUUCGGAAUGGAAAAUGGGCAGUAACAUAUGAGGAAUGGCCGGAAGAUAUAUAUCCUCCAUACGCCAACGGACCUGGAUAUGUAAUUUCGAGCGACAUUGCAAGGUUUAUUGUCGCUAAACAUGCCAAUCAAACCCUGAGGAUGUUCAAGAUGGAAGAUGUGAGCAUGGGAAUGUGGGUUGAGGAGUUCAAUGCUUCCACCCCGGUUCAAUACUCACAUAACUGGAAGUUCUGCCAGUAUGGCUGCAUGGACAACUAUUACACUUCACAUUACCAAUCUCCAAGGCAAAUGAUCUGUCUAUGGGAUAAACUAGCCCGAGGCCGAGCCCAGUGCUGCAACUUUAGAUGACGGUGCCCUCUUGCACUCUUUUUUGACUUAAUUGUUCGUGGUUUUAAUCUUAAUUGCAAUAGUAUCAAUUUUUUUUUCUGGUAAUGAUGGAAGGGGUUAGCAUUUUAUCUCAGUUCAUGCUUUGCAGGAUGUAAUUGUUAGGGAUUGGAGGUAGCCUAGUAGUUGUUUCUUCUAGAUAAUGUAUUAGAGUAACAUAGAUUGCGAUAAAUCGCUCAUCAUUCGAAAGAGAAAAUAUCAGUCUACUUUUAUUUUCUUGUUC